AUGGAGGGCGGAAGCCGCCCGCGAGGCCAGCCGUAAACGGCUCCCUCGCGCCACUUCCGGCCGGCUUCCGUAGACGGGGCUGGUGGGCGAUCGUGAGGCGCCGAGGACGUUCCCUGCGGCCGGAGCCAUGGAGAUGCCUCUGCCGCCCGACGACCAGGAGCUUCGAAAUGUCAUCGACAAGCUGGCCCAGUUCGUGGCUCGCAACGGGCCCGAGUUUGAGAAGAUGACGAUGGAGAAGCAAAAGGACAACCCGAAAUUCUCGUUUCUGUUCGGAGGCGAGUUCUAUAGUUACUACAAGUGCAAGCUGGCGCUGGAGCAGCAGCAGCUCAUCUGCAAGCAGCAGGCCCCAGAGCUGGAGCCGGCCGCGGCCCUGCCACCCCUGCCACAGCCCCCGCUGGCCCCGGCUGCGCCCAUCCCAGCGGCCCAGGGAGCCCCAUCCAUGGACGAGCUCAUCCAGCAGAGCCAGUGGAACCUGCAGCAGCAGGAGCAGCACCUGUUAGCGCUCAGACAGGAGCAGGUGACCGCGGCUGUGGCCCACGCCGUAGAGCAGCAGAUGCAGAAGCUCCUGGAGGAGACCCAGUUGGACAUGAAUGAGUUUGACAACCUGCUGCAACCCAUCAUCGACACGUGUACCAAAGAUGCCAUCUCGGCCGGGAAGAACUGGAUGUUCAGCAACGCAAAGUCCCCCCCGCACUGUGAGCUGAUGGCAGGCCACCUCCGGAACCGCAUUACCGCCGACGGGGCGCACUUCGAGCUGCGGCUGCAUCUCAUCUACCUGAUCAACGAUGUCCUGCACCACUGGGCCCUGACGCGCGGAAGGUCUCUCCCUCACAGCCAGCGCAAGCAGGCCAGGGAGCUGCUGGCCGCCCUGCAGAAAGUCGUGGUGCCCAUCUACUGCACCAGCUUCUUGGCCGUGGAGGAGGACAAGCAGCAAAAGAUCGCCCGGCUCCUGCAGCUCUGGGAGAAGAACGGCUAUUUUGAUGACUCCAUCAUCCAGCAGCUCCAGAGCCCGGCCCUGGGGCUCGGCCAGUACCAGGCGACACUCAUCAACGAGUACUCCUCGGUGGUCCAGCCGGUGCAGCUCGCCUUCCAGCAGCAGAUCCAGACCCUCAAGACGCAGCACGAGGAGUUUGUCAACAGCCUGGCCCAGCAGCAACAGCAGCAGCAGCAGCAGCAGCAAAUUCAGAUGCCACAAAUGGAGGCCGAGGUCAAGGCCACCCCGCCUCCGCCCGCCCCGCCGCCGGCCCCCACGCCCGCCCCUGCCAUCCCGCCAACCACGCAGCCUGAUGACAGCAAGCCUCCCAUCCAAAUGCCUGGCUCCUCUGAGUACGAUGCCUCGGGUGGAGUCCAGGAUCCUGCCGCUGCCGGCCCCCGCGGCCCUGGGCCCCACGAUCAGAUCCCACCUAAUAAGCCCCCCUGGUUUGACCAGCCUCAUCCCGUCGCUCCUUGGGGCCAACAGCAGCCUCCCGAGCAGCCGCCCUACCCGCACCAUCAGGGCGGGCCGCCCCACUGCCCACCCUGGAACAACAGCCAUGAGGGCAUGUGGGGCGAGCAGCGUGGGGACCCCGGCUGGAACGGCCAGCGUGAUGCGCCCUGGAACAGCCAGCCCGACCCCAACUGGAACAGCCAGUUCGAGGGCCCCUGGAACAGCCAACACGAGCAGCCGCCGUGGGGCGGGGGCCAGCGCGAGCCGCCCUUCCGCAUGCAGCGGCCGCCACACUUCCGCGGGCCCUUCCCGCCCCACCAGCAGCACCCGCAGUUCAACCAGCCGCCGCACCCCCACAACUUCAACCGCUUCCCGCCCCGCUUCAUGCAGGACGACUUCCCCCCACGGCACCCCUUUGAGCGGCCACCCUACCCUCACCGCUUCGACUACCCUCAGGGGGACUUCCCUGCUGAGAUGGGACCCCCUCACCACCACCCUGGCCACCGCAUGCCUCAUCCUGGGAUCAACGAGCACCCACCCUGGGGUGGGCCCCAGCACCCUGACUUCGGCCCUCCUCCCCAUGGCUUCAACGGGCAGCCCCCCCACAUGCGGCGACAGGGCCCUCCCCACAUCAACCACGACGACCCUAGCCUGGUCCCCAACGUGCCCUACUUCGAUCUGCCUGCGGGGCUGAUGGCCCCCCUCGUGAAGCUGGAAGACCACGAGUACAAGCCUUUGGACCCAAAGGACAUCCGCCUCCCGCCCCCCAUGCCGCCCAGCGAGAGGCUGCUGGCGGCUGUGGAGGCCUUUUACAGCCCUCCCUCCCAUGACAGGCCCAGGAACAGCGAAGGCUGGGAGCAGAAUGGCCUCUACGAGUUCUUUCGAGCAAAAAUGCGGGCACGGCGGAGGAAGGGCCAGGAAAAGCGUAACAGUGGCCCCUCGCGGUCUCGGAGCAGAUCCAAAAGCAGAGGGCGCUCUUCCUCCCGGUCCAACUCGAGGUCGUCCAAGUCAUCCGGCUCGUACUCCAGGUCCAGAUCGCGCUCCUGCUCCCGCUCCUAUUCCCGCUCCCGCUCCAGGAGCCGCAGCCGGUCCCGCUCCUCCCGCAGCCGCUCCCGCUCCCGCUCCCGCUCGCGCUCCAAGUCCUACUCCCCGGGAAGGAGACGUCGGUCACGGUCCAGGAGCCCCACCCCGCCUUCCUCGGCUGGUCUGGGUUCUAAUUCAGCACCUCCUAUACCUGAUUCAAGGCUCGGGGAAGAGAACAAAGGACAUCAGAUGCUGGUGAAAAUGGGCUGGAGUGGAUCUGGUGGCCUCGGCGUGAAAGAGCAAGGAAUCCAGGACCCCAUCAAGGGGGGGGACGUCCGGGACAAGUGGGACCAGUACAAGGGUGUGGGCGUGGCCCUGGAUGACCCGUACGAGAACUACCGCAGGAAUAAGAGCUACUCCUUCAUCGCCCGCAUGAAGGCCAGGGACGAGUGCAAGUAGGCGCUCCGCGGGCAGGAGCCGCGACUCGGCCACCGCGUUGGGCCGUUGGGACCUUCCUGGCUCACUGGCAGUGACAGACGGUAGGGACAGCUUGGUGGUCACACAGUCGCCAUCUCUGGGGAACAGCAGAAGAGAAGGAAGAUGACAGCAUGCCUAGGGAGAGCGCCGUGCUCCAUAGCGUGGGAGGCCCUGGGCCCCGCGCCCCACCUGCCAACCAGCUCUCACGGAGAAGCCAGAACCUGCCCGGAGAUGCCCCGGCCGCCCAGCCACAAGCCUCCUUCCCUUGACGGAGAAGUGAGAAACACAAGACCCUCCACCCCUGGACACCAACUCCCGACACCCGAAGGCACAGCUGCGCACCUCCCCGCAGUCAGCUCCGAGCUUCCACUUAGCCCAGGAGGAGUGUGGAGGUCGGACGGCCCCGGGCCCGCACCCUGCCGCCCGCACCCUGCCGGCCCGCGCUGGGUGCCGAAGCUCGGACCAGGCGCCAGCUACAAACAGAAAAACAGACCCUUUCUGAUUGGCAACGUUACACAGGGCUUUCAUUUUUACUCCAGAUGUUUCGUUUUAGAGAAGGGAAUGUUGGCCUAAGAGAAUCCCAGUGAGAAUUUGAAACCUGGUUCCUCAGACGUGCUCACGGCCCGUAGUUCAGUUACUUUAGUUGUUUGAGUUGAAAUUCUUUCCCCAAACGUUAGCCACUUGUGGUCCCGCAGGAACAGAGGUUCUAAGGAAGCUGAUCUGAGGCAUCUUCAGGUCCCGGAGUGACGCCCUCGGAAAGCCUGCGUCCUUAGCGUCUCUGCUUGUGUGUUUCACUUAGAGGAACCCAACACCAGCGCUCGCGUGGACGGCCCGCUCCGAUGCGGGGUGCAGAGAGCGACCCCGGCCAGGAGGGCAGAUGCCGCCGGGGACUACGCAGGGAUGGGCCGCGCCUGGCGUCUGUGGGCAGCUCGUGCGGUGCCGUCUUUGUACAGAAACAUUUUUGAAAAAUUCUUUUCAAUAAGAUGCAGAGUCCUCUCCAACUUUUCAACCUGAUGUGAUAAAAUAAUUUGAUUUUGUUCUAGAUUUCCUGUAGCUGUGAAUUGUUCAAACGUGUCUGAUUCAGGAUAAAACGUAAACACGUGCUGUUAACGAUUUCUUGUGGAUUUUACUGUUUUGCCUUCAAAUAAAAACUUUUUUUAAAGAC